AUGGAUGCCGCUGGUGAUCAUCGGUCUCCAAGCUUCAUGACAUUGAAGGAAUUGGUUCCGUUGCAGCCAUGGAAGACACCACCCCCUCCAUUUUCUCAAAGUCGAUGUGGGAAGUACACCAAGGUGAAGGAUCCAAUACCCAAAGAUGGAGCAAGAGUUGUAUUUUGGGCACCAAAAACUCGGCAGAGGGAUGCUGACGACGAUGACAUAGAUGUUGAAAUUCCGUACCAAGGAUUAUUUGAGUUCAUUGACAAGUUUGUUAUCAGCAAAGUUAGGCUGUGGAUUGACCGGCUACUUGGGGAGAUAUUGUGCUUACCAAAGUAUGAUGCAUACCAUUACCAUAGUAGAUAG